CUUGUUCAACUUUGUGUUCCAUCAUAUACUGCUCCAUAUCAUGGCAAGGGACUUCUUCAAUCUCCCUUCAAUCCUGCUGAUAAUGCCAUAAUUUCGGAUCUUCACACGCCGCAAAAAAAUGCCAGUCCCUUAAGGUCUGCUAUAGAAACGCGCUAUCAUGCCAAGAAUUCUUCUGAACGGGAUACGCCUAGUUCCAAAUUUUUGUAUACUCACUCUCUCAAUUUGGCAUCUCUCUGCCCCCCUUUCCAAUAUCCACAGAUCCCAGCUUUGGUAAUACACUGUGUAACUGAAAUCGCUGCAAGAGGCCUCGAGACACUUGGACUCUAUCGAAUGUCUGGAUCUGAAAAGCAGGUGAAAGAGCUAUUCGAAAAAUUUUUAAAAAACCGCUCCACUCCGAGUCUAGCCCUCGUUGAUGAUAUUCAUGUGAUUUGUGGAUGCCUAAAGCUAUUUCUACGUUCCUUGACCGAGCCCCUGGUGACAGUUCGUUUGCGCCACGAAUUUGUCCGCGCAGGCGAAUAUUUGAAUGCGCCAGGUGGAGACAGCGCAGCAGGAAAUCAAAUUGCUCUUGAAGCUAUUGAUUCGCUGCCUCCAGCCAAUAAAGAUACUCUCGCAUUUAUCCUGCUUCACCUCCAAACGAUAGCCACUUCUCCCCUUUGUCACAUGGGUGUGGAGAAUUUGGCUGUCAUUUUCGGUCCAACUCUAAUUGGUUAUUCUAGUCAGGACAACCGCAUUAUGGAGACUGUAUUAGAAUCAACUCGGCAACGGGCGGUAAUUUUGCUUGACUUAUUUCUUAGUUCAAUUAAGGUUGUGUAA